AUGAGUGAAAGUGAAAUGGGUGAUGAAAAUGAUAGUAGUCGGAGUGGAUUAAUUGACAAUGAUUUAUUAAUAACUUUAGUUGAACAAAGGCCAGUGUUGUGGGACAAAACUCUGGACGCGUUUAAGGAUCGUGAUGCCACCAGAAAGGCAUGGUGUGAAGUUUGCAAAGAACUAAGAAGCGAUUUUCCUGACUUGGAUGACAAAGGGAAAAAUUCAUAUGGAAAGGAGGUUUUAAAGAGAUGGAAGAAUUUACGUGAUUCUUUUGCAAAAUCGGAAAAGAAAAUGAAAGAAUGUAAGGCAAGUGGUAGUAAAGCUACCAAAAAAAGGAAAUAUAUAUUCACGAACGAAAUGCAAUUUCUGAAGAAGGUAUACUCUGCAAGGGAGGUAACCGACAGCCACGACAAUGAAGAAUGCGUCAUUGAAGACGGUAAAGAUAAUGAUAAGGACAAAAUUGACCCUCCGGCAGCAAGUGAGAAGAGAGCCCCCACCACUAGAAAAUAUAAAAAAAUGGACGAACUGAGAGCUCAAGUAGGACAACAUGGUGGCGAAAAAGGUUCCAAGUGGAAUGACACUCACCCCUCCAUGGUUUACGGGCCUUUUAGUCAGCCGCGCAAGUGA